AUGAACGCGGACAGACCCUGCUGCCAGUUUGUGACCACCAAGCCCACCGUCGAGAACGUCACCCCGUUCGCCCAGUUCCAGCUCACACAGCCGCGCCUCAAGGGUGUCAGCCUCCAGCAGCUCAGCGCGCUGCCCAUCUUGUACGGCGGCGGCCGCAACUUCCUCUUCGGCCGCUUCACAGACAGCGAGCCCCAGCUCCAGGACACAGACCUCUUCGUGCUCGACUCCUGCAUCCUGCUCUGGCCUGCCCACGCGCUCCGCGGCCUCCGUAUCCCGUACGACGCCGUAAUCUACCACGCCGUGCGCCGCGCAGACGUGCUCGAGCUCGUGCUCGCCGUCGAACGCGACGCCACGCUCGACAGCCUGUUCCCGCCUGCGCCCGGCCCGCAGCCCUUCGCAUUGUCCACGCUCGAGCUGCGCCUGCGCCCGCGCUACGCCACCUACGACCGCCACUACUCCGGCGCCGUCGAGCAACUCUUCACCUUCCGCGACUUCGGCCUUAACCGUGGCGACGCCAUGGUCGCCAACUGCAACACCGCCAUCGCCACCUGCAUGGAGUUCCACCACCGCGCCGCCGCCGCCGACGACGACGACGACGACGAUGACGGCCCCGCCGCCCACGUGACCCCUCUAGCCGAGCUGCUCGCCCCCGCCGGUCACGUGCCGAUUUACGCCAACCACGGCUCUGCAGAUGACCUCACCGACGACGGCCUCACCGACGACGGCCCGCAGGGUGGCGCUGCCGCCGGCAUGGCGCUCGCGUUUUGCUCGGCGGCUCGCGUGCCAACCAAGAGGCGCCGGCAGGAUUAG